UUGUGGCUGCACAUGCCGAAAUGUUUAACAACACGUCUGUUCUUUCCAGCUGAACUUCUCGCACCAUUCACUUUUCCUCUCUCUUUCACCAACGUGCCGUUUGACAGUUCGGCCCAUUUGGCCUCCACUGACUUCGUUGACUUCGCUUCCUCAAUUUCAUUUCCAAGCUACCGUACCAUACCUUCCGUCGAAUUCGUCAACGGGCGACACCGAGUCGACGCGACGGAUUAUGCGUUAGCUCGUCGAUCAACACACCCCGCGAAUACCUGCUUUUGGCUGAGAUCAACUCCCGAGAGCGAUUAAUGAUGUGUUCGUCCCGAAAGCAGAUGACAUGACGUUAGUGCGCACAGUGAUGAAGAACUGCGAUAUUAAUCGCCGCAUGCCUCCAGCGAAAACGAAAAAUGUUUGUCAGAGAUCCCUGUGGCAUCGUAUGCAUCAUCGUCACCUAUGUGGCGGUGUUCUACGCUGACUACGUUGUGGUGCGAUGGAUCGUGUUGCACACUAUGCAAGACAGCUUAUGGUGCCCCUUCCAUAUAAUAGCGUUUAACACAGUUGUACUUCUUCUGAUGAUGGCACAUUUGAAAGCCGUCUGCAGCGAUCCAGGCAUAGUACCCUUACCACAAAGUAGAAUGGAUUUCUCUGACAUUCACGUCUCCGGGGGAAGCGACGACCAUGAAGGUGAUGAGAAGGAUGAUUGGACAGUGUGCACUAGAUGCGAAACGUAUAGACCACCUAGAGCACACCAUUGCAGAAUUUGUAAACGUUGUAUCAGAAGAAUGGAUCAUCACUGUCCGUGGAUCAACAACUGCGUUGGCGAGAGGAAUCAAAAGUACUUCAUACAGUUUCUGGUGUACGUUGGCGCGUUAGCUAUAUAUGCUAUUAUUUUAGUCAUUACGUCCUGGAUCUACGACUGUCCGCAGUGCAAUAAUGAUAUCGCAGUCAAACAAAAUCGCAUUUUACAUUGUGUGAUAUUAGUUUUGGAGUCGGGAUUGUUCGGUAUGUUCGUCAUAGCGAUUCUAGUUGAUCAGUUCCAAGCGAUCCUAGGCGAUGAAACUGCCGUGGAGCGCAUACAAGGUAUACAACAGCGCUAUCACAAUAAAAAUACACCACGAACGUUCACGCUUUUGUCUCAAGUAUGUGGGAAGAGCCAUCCAAUAUUUUGGCUGUUACCUUGCCACAAUCCACCACGUUACUCUUUCAGAAAGGACGCAUACUUAAUCGAUCACGAAGUUUGAGAUCAUAUACGAGUGUACUAUGUGUCUGCACACGCGUGGUAUUUUUUUUGUAUUAUUUUUUUACAUAACAGUAUAUUAGAAUAAUUCAUUCCUUGAAUUAGUAUCGUAAUACGUCUUUAUACGAAUUAUUGAUAUAAUAUAGAUUUGAGACAUGUAGCUAUAACGUUUCUACAGCGUGGAAAUAAUAUAUAUAUACAUAUAUGUAUAAACAUUCAUAUAAAAACGAUUAAUAUAUAUUAUGAAUAUAUUAAUCAUAUAUACAUAAAUAUAUAUUUAUUUAAAUUGUGAACAAACAAUAGCAACAAUUAAUUAUGUUAUUGCUUAUGCUGAAACAUAUGUGAUAACAGUACAUACAUGAAAAUGUAAUCGAUAUUAUAUUAAUAAAUUGAUUUUCUUAUUUUUUAAAGUUAAAAGUAUGUAAGAUUAAGUGAUACUCCAAGUGAUACAAAUAAUAAUUCUUUAAUUUAAGACAAUUAUUGCUAGGAACUGUGUCCUCGCCUAAUAAAUUUUGCUGCAAGGAUUGUAUUGUAGUAUUUUAGAAAAUAAAAUUGUUAAUAUAAUUUCAGGAAA